AUGAGCGGAGAACAGGUUAUGCAGGUGGCUUUAGUUGAAGGUUCAGCUGUCCAUUCUCGAUGGGACUUUGCUGGACUAAGCUUUUUGGGUGCCGGCUGUCACAUGCUUUUACUUCCCGGUGAAAAAACAAAAAAAAAGUCACCAACCUUUUCAGUUGAUGAGCAUGCCUUAAGAACGUAUUCACGGACGACUGGGACUAGCUUCAGUUUCUAUUUCAAGCUUACUUUAAAUACAGGAAAUGAUGCACAUUCUCAAUUGCCUACUGCAGAGCUCGCCUACAGAAAUGUCCAUCUCGUAACCACUGUGGAUAAGUGGGAAGAAAAGUUGUCAGAAGCGAACAGGGAUGGCAAAAUAGUUGUGGUCAAUUUCAGUGCAUCAUGGAGCAAUCCUUGUAGAUCCAUUGCACCUGCCUACAAUGAACUUGCAGACAAAUAUCCCUUCAUGCUAUUCUUGACAGUGGAUGUAGAUGAGUUAGCCGAGCUCAGUAAUUCGUGGGAAAUCAAAGCCACUCCUACGAUUUUCUUCCUCAGAGAUGGCAAAAUGGUAGACAAACUUGUAGGUGACAACAAACAAGAUCUCCAAAAGAAGACAAUGGCCAUUGCUGAAUCUUGUUCAGAUCCGACAACCCCAUGAUUGAGUUGCCUGUCUUCCGAAUGUCUGAGGCGUAUAUCAAUUUUCUUCAGCAAUUUUGAUACUCUAAUCUUUGGUACUGCAAAGAACAUCACUUUAGUUCAAGUAGAAUAACUUUCCAUGGGAAAAUGAAGAUAUUGGGAAGAGGAAUGAAGAUUUUUACAAGAAACUACUGUCCA